AAAUAAUUAACAGUGACCUAGCUGAAUAAGUUUGGGCCUAACUGCAUAAGUUAGUGUUCCACUGUUGUAUCGGUAUCACGUUUCGUUACGGGGUAUUACAGUACAGGUCGACGUACUGUGUUACGGUGGCUGUCACAGGUACCAAGACAAGGGUUUACCAAGGUAUAUAUGGUUGUUGUCACUAAGAUGAUGUUGUUUCUCCUGUGUAUCAUUGCCGUACUUCCCUUUGGCAGGUUGUCGGAUACAGAUUCGGCGGUUCGAAUACCCUCUCGUAUACCAAGCUGUCACGUGGACGAUAUUCCUGGAGUUAAUUUCCGAUGUCCAAGUGAUGACUCCGGUUAUGUUGCUCAUGGAAAACAUUGCCAGAAUGUCUCCUUACAAACGCAAUCAUACAUUAUCAUGUGCUCUCGGGGUAAAUGGAUAUCUGUUCCAACAGCACACACACGCAGCAAACGUUCCACUGUUGUAGCGAGAAUAGGAACAGCUAUAGGGAUUGCUAAUUAUGGACUUACUGUAGGAAGCGGAUUUGGACCGAUCGGGGCUGCUAUUGGAGGAGUCGUAGGCGCUGCUAGUGGAAUUGUCUGUGCACUGUUCUGUUUUGGCAGUAACAAAGAAUCACCGUCUUCUCCUAAUUUACCUCCAUCAAUCAAUUGGCACAAGCCGAAUGAAUCGACGUAUUAUGUUUUCGAUGGUAAUACAUUUGCUGUCGUUGGAUGGUCUUCCCCUACAGCUAAUGAUAAGGAAGAUGGCACAAUAAGUGUGACACAGAUAUCUGGGCGUCCUUCCCGUUCUAAGUUUUUUAGAGGGGAACACAUAAUCACAUACCGGGCCACGGAUUCGAAAGGAUUGGCUGCAUUUGAUCACUACACGUUCAAUGUGAUAGUUAUAGUGUGUAGUAACAAACUGUCCCAUCCUACCAACGGAAGGGUAAGUUGUAAUAACCAGGAGCGAAUUGCCGGAACUACAUGUACUUAUUCCUGCGACAAAGGGUAUCUACUCGACGGUGAUGUCACCCGGACAUGUAUACUAAAUGGAAAGUUCACAGGUCAAACACCUAGGUGUGAAAGUUAGUAGCAUUAUAUCCUUGAUGUAUGUAAUGGUUUUUUAGCUCAGAGGUGAGGCAACAGUUACAUUACCCUGUCAAACAUUAACAACUAUAUGUAUGCAUUGUCUCCAAGUUUCAUAAACCUAAUGAGUAUACUUAUAUCAUCUUCAGUGUAAUCAUUAGAUUGUCUUAGAGGUGGUACAUAAGAUUGUAUAAAAUAUAGUUCAUGCCAUUUUUUUAAUUAUAUUAUACCAAUAUCAAACAUAAGGAUAACACAAAUGAUUAA